GACAUACCACCACUGACCUUGUUUGACAAAGCAUAGAGGAAACAAAAAGAAGUUACCUGAAUGAACUUUCUGUUGCUAGCUUGAAGUCACAGCUAGCCUCAAGAGGAGCUGGCUAGGGGCUGGUGAAGCCAUUGAGGUACAGGAGAUCAAAUUGUCCCCACACCUCCUGCUGAGGGAUGAUCUGUAUAGAUACUGAUCUAGUUAUCAGUAUUGGGAAGCAUUUGAUUUGGUCAAAUGGAGUUAAUUUCACUAUGGACCAAAGCUGUUUUCAUCAACUUGGCUUUUGCUCUUUAUUCCGAAACUGCUUUCUCAAAAUAUUCCACGUUUGGAAUGCAAAUAGACUGUAAACCCUAUGCAAAUUUUCAUGACAUGUGUACCAAAGAGUAUUAUCCAAUCUGUGCAAGUAAUGGGAAAACUUAUUGCAAUAAAUGUAUCUUCUGCAAUGCACUGAGGAAAAGUGAUACUGUUUUCUCAUUUUCUCAUUAUGACACCCCACUGGGACACUGGAAUGGAGGAAGAUUCAUGAUGCUCUUAAAUGAUUGUUCCUCAGACUUGAUAAAAUGGAUCAAAAUCAUUUUCAUUCUGGCCUUGGUGUUUCCUCUUUAUUAUGAAACUACUUGUGCAUUUUCAAAAGAAGUCCGUCGUAAGCCUGACUGUGAAAUGUACAAAAAAGUCCCAAAUAAGUGUACCAGGGAGAAGAAUCCAGUUUGUGGAACUAAUGGACAUACUUAUAGCAAUGAAUGUGUUUUCUGCAAUGCCAAGAUAUCCGCUAAAGAUAAAUUUGAUUAUCUGCAUCAUGGUCCUUGUUGAAUUUUGUAUGGGUUACACAUACAUCAUCCUUUUCCAUAGUGGAUCCUGCAAUCAAGUAAAAUUUUCUCAAUUGGUGCUUCAGAUUCCUAGCAACAAAUGAAGUGUUCGGUGGUUCAUAGAGUGGAAUAUAGGAUAUUAAAGAAUUUCUCCAACCUG